AUGGCCCGGGCCAUCUCCGAGGAAUUAGAUGCCCACAUCGCCGUGGUCGCCUUCUCAACCGCUGGCGAUGCCCACGCCUUCGACGCGCCCACUGUGGACUGCGUCCUCUGCACAUACCUACCCGUCGAUGGUGUACCUCCUCACCCUGCUUUCCCUUCCUCUGAUGCCGCCGCGGAGAUGGUGGGCGAGGCCACCGCCCACGUGGCCGGAAUGAGACGGGAUAGGGAGGAGACCAAGGUGCUGGUUGCCAAGGAGUGGGCACGGGUGGCCGCCACAAGGGAGAAGGUUACGGCCGCGCAGGCGACCGCGCAGAAGAACUGGUGGGAGGUGGAUGUGGAGGCCCUCAGGGAGGAGGAUCUGCCGGUUUUCAUCAGGGCGCUCGAGAUACUCAAGGCCGAUGUCAAAGGCUGA